AGAUGCAGAGGCCUCUCAGAGGAGGAGUUCACCUCGGGCUCGUGCCGGGAGGAGGCGGAGAGGGCGUGCGCGGGGGGCGGGGCGUGCCCCAAGGGACACGCCUGCAUGCCGGCGCCGAGUCAGUGCCUCUUCGAUGGUCCUCCGUGCCGGCAGCACGUCUGUGUGCCGAUAUCAGAACCGUGCGAUGAGCUGGAGCUGGGACGGGACUCCGAAGUGUGCGACAUCCUCGGCGAGACCCAUCCGUCUCUGUGCCACCUUCUGGCCCGGCACCGGGUCCUGGCCCACUCCGGCCCUUGCUACAGUGGAUGCAGCCGUCGAGGCCCGGUGUGCGGCUUGGACGGAGAGACGUACCCGAGCGAGUGCCACGCCUGGGGCGCGGGGACCCAGGUGGACUAUCGUUCGCCCUGCGAGGGGGAGUGCCACCCGGGGAUGCAGUGUCGGGGG